UAUAACUAACAAACUCUUUAGUGGAAGCGGGUGUGUUUCGGUGUUUUUGAUAAUAAUUAGCCAUCUAACCUUCCGGCUUUAAUUUCGAAAAUGGCUUGAUCUCCCACAAACGAACCUAAUAAACUUACCUGAUUUUACAGAGGUCACACGGGUAGACUGAUUAACUAAUAGCAAUCAAUAACAUCAACUUUUGUGUGGCGAGGAUUCAACACCAAACAGUUCAAGGAUGAGUAUGCAGUCCACCAUCAACAGAGACAUCUUUGUCCCCCUUGAUCAGAAGUUGUUGGUUGCCAUUGAGGUCAAAAGGAGGAAUAGAAGAAAACUUCCAUUUCUAUCUGCAGGCCGGAAAUAUGCCACAUUUAUCUGCUUGUCAGCAACCAACAAGCUCCCUGCUCAGCUCUUCAUCACAAAGGUGAAGCAGUUUGAGGGCUCUCCCCGCCUCUCCAAGACGUCCCAUUGGACGAUAGAGCAGCUCCGUCAGGUGGAUGGCAUUAAUCCCAACAAAGAUUGCCCAGAGUUUGACUUGGCCUUUGAGCGCACCUUUGACCAGUGGGUGGCCGGAUCUGAAGCAGAGAAGUGCAUGUUUAUCCAGAUCCUCUACCAGGCCUGUCAAAACUACUGGAUGUGCAAGGAUGGUCAGACCAACCCAGGUGAGGUCAAGGACCCCCAGAAACCUGGCAAAGUAGAGGCCCGCAAGGGACCCACCGUUCCUCGGACAAGCUUCAUCAACUGCCAGUCCAAACUGAUGGAGGAUGCCUGCUCAAUGAACAUGGUUAUCUACCGCUGCAAGAUCUUCCUGAACCAAAUGAAAAGCGCCAUGCGCCCCCCUCCACAACGCCGCCCUGCUGGUCAAGGAAAGUCAGCUGGGGUCAAAUCCAGGACACCGUCCCCAGCCCGCCCGGCUCGGGGCAGCAUGAAAAAAGCUGUCCGCAGGGCUAGCCAGGCGCUGGGUGAACGAGGGGAUCGCUUGUGGCGCGCCGAGGACAAGACUGCCCACAUGAAGGACAGUGCCAAGCGUUUUUCGGACUCGGCACACAAGGUUAGGACACGCACGGUGUAGGAGCUCCUCGUGGCAUCCUUUUCUAGUAGCUUAUUGAUAAGCGAACGUUUUGCUUGCGGCUGUUUUCUCACCAAAAAGCUUCUAUUUAUAAUCACGGGAAUGAUUUCUUUUUUCACUUCUACGCUCUUGCACUGAAUUGGUAUCUGUCUUUUCUCUUCUGGCACUGAAGCACACACUAACCCCAGGGCUUUGGGGAAAAUAAGAUAAAUUAGUCCCCCAGGGUGUGAGGGGGGGAAAAAAAACAAGAUAAGAUAAAUAUAUUGGGGAAAUAACAUGUUCCACAUUGAGGUUAAUACCUUUGGAUAGGCUAUGUAUUUGAAAUGUAAACAAUCAUGCUAAACAUUUAUCCUUGCUAUCAAAAGAAGUCAUGAUUUAGUAAUGACUGUAAAAAAUAUCCUUUUGGGGAUGAAUAGAGUAAUCUAUCUGUCUCAAUAGCUGUCGUUCAUCAAACCUUUGAGAUAAUGUCUGUUGGCUUAGUGCGGGGCCUAUGUGCACUCACUGUCAGAACUGAGCAUUCUUUAGUUUUCUCAUCACGUCCACUUUGAGAAGGCCAUUCACUGCCUGUGAUGGGAAUAUAUUGUUCUCCUCCUAUUUCAUUUAAAAGAGAUCCUACGGCUCAACACAGACCUUUACAACUGGAUGACAUUAUGAAGUCAAUUGGAAUCCUAAUGCGUAAUUAUCUGGUCAUUUGUCUGCUUAACUGCCAAGCAAAGCCUCUCAACCAGAAGUAAGAUAUUGGCCUCUGCUCCGUCAAGCUUUUUGGAGAGGACAUUAUUUUCCCAUAUUGUCUACUUGACUGUUCAUAGCCUGCAUUUCUGUAAUUGAUGAGGCUCUUCAGCUAUAAAAUGCUCUCCUUUGAUCACCCUUCAUAUUUCCUUGAUCAUUUAUCAUAAUAAGUAUUUUACAACAUCCCGUCUGUACCAAAAACAAAGAUUUGGAAAGACUGGAGAUUUGAUUAUUUGUUUAAAAUGCACUCUGUCCCCUCUCCUCCCUUUCCAGUUGGCUCUGAAGUAUAGCUGCUGACAGUGAGAAUAUUGUUGAAGGGCACCCCACUACACGUGCAGGCCAUCGCAUGGGAAUAUAGUUCCUAUUUGUAAUAUCACUAAUGUUGGUUGUGUGAGUGGCUGUACUCUAUUUUAUUUUAUUAAUUUAUUUAUUGAGUGUGGCAGUCAACAGGCCAUGCACAAAUUGCUCCUUUUUGUGUCACUUGAAUCAGUGCAUCAGCACACAGUGCUGUCCCCUGUGGACAGCACAGACGACAAAGAGUGGCACCAUCACCCCCCAGCUAAGAGCAUGGCUUUUCUCAGCUGGCCAGGGCUGGAGGAAGAGCACAUGAUUCACUGUGUAACCACAGUGUGGCCUGGAUGACACUAGAUGGCGCCAGUGAGCCACAAUGCUCUUACUGUCUCUCAAGUGUUUACCCAGUGGGUCUGUUGCUGACUGAAGUCAUGAGGACUUUUUAAUGAUCUUUUAAAAGGGAAUUCCAACGAUUAUUAGACAAGCCAAUUAAUGUGUAUAUUUGGCUGUGAAAAAGUGUGUUAAGGUCUAAAUGACCCAGAAGUCUUUUGUUCUCUUUGGAUUGAUGCACACUUGAAUGGUCAAAACAAACUGGAUUGACCGCAUAUUUUUCACGGAGAUGGUGGUUUGUGUGACUUUAAGGGUGGAGAGCAGUCUCUUGUGGUAUAAGGGUUGAACUGAUGUGAUUUUUGAAGCUUAGUAUAGACUUUGGGUGAAUUAAUUUCACUUGGACAUAAGAUAACGCAGUGGUGUCGAUAACUGCAGUGAAGCCAGUUUUCCUUCUUUCAAGGAAUUUCUUCCAUUUGAACCAACUAAUUUCUGCCCAUGUAGGACUGAUCAUUAUGAAUAUGGAGGCCUGAAACCUUUGCUUAUCUGUCUAACAAUUGUCAUGUGUAUGAGAAUGUUGGCCUGAGUAAUGUAUUACUCAUUCACAUAGCCCCAUUGAGCUUGAGCUAUCAUAUAGGGUGUCUAAUGCAUUUAAAAAAAAAAAAAAUGUAUUUGUAUACAGUAAGCCUUUUUAAGGAGCUUAUGUGUCGUUGGUGAAUCAUGCAUGCUUAUUGUGUUGUAGGAUUAUAAUCACACUGUCAUGCUUUGAUAAGGCCUUUUAUUUUUUUUCAAAUGUAUUUUAAACAUCUGUUGAUAUGAUGUAAAUCGUCUGUGAUGUGAUUACUACAUUUGGCUUUUAUAUGUUGGUCCCAUUUCAGAGGAGCGAGUGGUUGCACGUAGGUCGGUUGAGUUUGCGUCUUCGCAAGAGUCUGUACGUGACAGAAAGUAAGUUAAACCCAGGUGGUGUAAUGUGCGCAUAUAGGAAUUGUGAGAUGAAGUCAAAACAUGUUUGCGGCUCUUGUCACUUCAGUGUAUUUUUACCUACUAGCACUACGUAUGUGUUUGUCCCUUGUGCAAAUGUCAGUCCACUGUGUUUGUGUGUGUGCUUGUGUGUUCAGUGAUUUGUUUGACAGAGAGCACCCAGCUGUGCCUGGUGGCUUAUCCUCUUCCAUAGGGUUAAAGAGAAGCCUGCGUAUGCUCUCUGCUACAAACGAUGCACUGAAUAUCUAAAUCUUUUUUUUUUUUUUUUUUGCUGUACAGUUCUUUUCAUGUUUAUUUUUCACAGGUUUCUUGUCACUCUGACAUCUAAAGCCCACUGUAUUGUAAUGCACUCCAAUUAUGUUCACCGAUGUGUUUUGAUUGACAGUGGAAGCGACCAAUUACGGCUAAUCAGCCAGAGGCUGUUUUCGAUGGUUAAUUAGACAUGCUGGUGAGAGUUGAGCCGUGCACAGUGAACCUUUUGACCUUCCCCGUCCCCGUCUGGACUCAUUAUAAGUUUGCCUACCAUUUUGUGUUUCAUGUAGUUGUGUACUACGAAAGCUGUUAACACUCCUCUUACUGUAAAAUAAAUUAACUGGGACCCA